AUUGACAAAAUGAGGGGAUAUUAUAAACCGCCUUACUUGACCUCGAAUCAAAUUGCAUUAUUUCUUAAACACUUAUUAAAGAAACUGUGGACAAUAUAACAUGUCCGAAGAAUCUGAGAAAAAAGAGUGGCAUAUAAAAGGUACGUAGUUCCCAAUCUCAGAAGCUUUUGUAUUCCCAAUAUCUAUUCCAUCCUCACACUUUCUAUAGGAUCUUUAGACGCCGAAUUAGUCGUGACCCCAGCCCUUCCACCUGACUUUCAGAUCAGCCUCCAUACACACGAUACACCAGACGGAGAAUCAACAAUUGUUGAACUCAAAAUGGGCUCUCAUCCUGCUCCAAAGAUCACUUUGUAUACUUCUUAUGACUGCCCUUGGGCUCAUCGCUCUCAGAUAGCUCUUGCUGAACUCGGACUGGAAUUUGAGACCGUCAUCAUCGACCUUAGCGUUCCACGGCCACCAGAAUAUCUGGCUAUCAACCCUCGAGGUCUCGUUCCUGCUCUCUCCUACAAUGGAGAGAUUAUCACUGAAUCUGGAGUCAUCUCCCAGUUCUUGGUAGAUGCUCAUCCUUCCCACUUGGAGAAGACCAGCCGUGAAGAAGGUGGUGCAUUGCAACGUGCCAGAUAUAACUUCUUCAUUGAAACCUAUUUCUCAAAGGUUGCUCCACACGUGGUCAAGGCAGGAAUAGGGAAAACAUCAGAGGAAAGAGAGCGAGCUGCAACCAAUGCCAUAGAUGCGAUAGUGAAGGAGAUUGAGCCUUUGGUUCAGAAUGCAGCCCCAUUCUUUGGAGGCUCAGAAAAAUUGACAUUUGUUGAAGUAUGUGCCAAUUUCUACAGCAUUUUUACCAUAUACUAAUGGAUUUCAUAGGUUCAAGUUGGAUCAUUUCUGCUCCGAAUUGUGGCAUUUGCCAAACGUGAUGAGUUCUUACCCAAGAGCCUUUUGACUCUAGAAGAAAAAGCUCCGGCAUUUUGGAAAUGGGCCAAUGCCGUAAGCAAUGAAAAGAGCGUCACCUAUAUCUGGGACGAGGAAGCUACAGCAAAGAGACUGCUAGCGAGAUACAAGAAGCUUAGAGAAGCUUGAUGGAAAGAGCCUAAAUUAUGAUGGAACGAGAUAACGGAAAUAAGGACCCAGCAGUUUGGAUCCAGUAAAGGGUAAUGCGGCGUUGAUAGUAACAGUACGAGCUUUUGAGAUAUGCCAAAAAAAACACCGCACCCUAAAUCCCAUACUUGGGCACUUUCCUCUAAGCACUUGUUCCCAUAGGUGAUGAUGUGAUGUCAAUUUAUGCAUCAGUACUGUCCCUGCAUGUCAGCACUACGUUGCAACUUCCGAGGAUUCCAGACAAGAAACUUUUGGUUACUGGGAUGUCUCAGAAAUUAAUCUUACACAGCAAUGUCUCAUGGAAUAAAUACAUCGUUUGUUCUAUGACCUACCACAAGAGUUCAAGUUAAGAUAUAAUUCACGAUGGACAAGACCUCAGCCUCCUUG